AAUGACCUCAUCAAAGAUCUUCUUCCUUAUGGAUCUGUUACAAGCCUAACUAAUUGGAUAUAUGGAAACGCAUUGUACUUCAAGGGAGCUUGGGAAAAGGAAUUUGAUAAGUCCAUGACAAAAGAGAAACCAUUUCACCUUCUCAAUGACAAAUCAGUCUCUGUGCCUUUCAUGAGAAGCUACAAGAGGCAAUUCAUAGAGGCUUAUGAUGGUUUCAAAGUCCUCAAGCUUCCUUAUCGACAAAGCCGUGAUGAUACCAACCGCAAGUUUUCCAUGUAUCUCUAUCUCCCUGACAAGAAAGGUGAAUUGGAUAAUCUUUUGGAGAGAAUGACAUCUACUCCUGGAUUCUUGGAUAGUCAUAUUCCGAAAUACCGAGUUGAUGUUGGUGAUUUCAGAAUUCCAAAAUUUAAGAUCGAAUUCGGUUUUGAAGCUUCAAGUGUUUUUAAUGACGUCUUUGAGCUUAAAGUGUCAUUAUAUCAGAAAGCUUUGAUUGAGAUUGAUGAAGAAGGUACUGAAGCUGCGGCUGCUACUGCUUUUGUCGUGUGUUUAACCGGCAGCUGUGCGUUUGAGCCGGAGAAGAUAGAUUUUGUGGCAGAACAUCCAUUUCUCUUUUUGAUUAGAGAAGACAAAACCGGAACUGUUUUGUUCGCUGGUCAAAUCUUCGAUCCUUCCGAAGCUUCUUCUGCAUUGGACCGGCCUUAACCGGAUAGGGGUUUGGUAUUUUAGAUUUGGUGGGAUUUAGGGUUUCAAUUUGAUUCUAGUUGGUUAAUUUUCUGGAAAAUGUUUAAUGGAUUGAAAGCUAACGAGAUUGCUAGUGAAGUCUUUAAUGAUGGAUGAUU